AUGCCCCUUCGCGCCUCAACCACCAGCAACAAAUCCUGGACGUACGACGAAGAAACCACGCUCGCGAUCCUCUCGUGCUAUGACGCCUACCCCGUCUCCGACUACCCCGACCUUCUCUACACGCUCUGGGGCCGCGUCAUUUCCGCCGAUGAGAUCCAAGCGAAGCUCGACAAGCGCAAUGCUCGUCGCGACUCGGGCGGAAUCUGGCAGGAGGCGUCGCCGCUGUGGACGCGGGUUUUGGCACUAGGCGCGGAGAACGAGGAGGUGCUGGAGAAGCUGGAGCAUGUCGAGAGGGUGUAUCGGAAUCGAAAGGGGACGCUUGCGUGGUUGGAGGGGGAGGGGUGUCCGGAGGAGGAUGAGAGGACGAAGAGUGCCAGGAGGCAGAGUAGAGUCGAUUGGACGUAUUUGGCAUGGUGA